UACACACACCACAGUCUGAAAAAGCUGAAACCGUCUACAAUGGCUGAAACCACGCUGCUGAGGCAUUUUAAAAUUUUAAUUAGUUACCAGCAUGUAUAAAUUGAAGUUUCACAUAAAACCCAGGAUUUCUGGAUUUUCCUGAGAAACGAAGUCAUCUCAGAAACUGGGUGCUCAUUCUCCUAGAGAAAUAGGUUGGAUUUGGGUAUCAAAUUCUCCUUUCAGAUGAACUUAAUGCUCCCUUAUCCAUCAUAGUACCUUCUACCAUUUUUUUAGGCUCAGCUUGCAUAACGUAAUUUAUAUUCUCUCGCCAAUCUAGGCAUCUGGGUUUAUGACCCCUUCUCUAGACACAUUACUUACUCACUGCACUAUCACACUAUGAAUUUUCAGGCAUCCGUGCUUUGACUUCCACUUUGCCUAGAAAGUCCUUUGCUUUCUCCAAAAGCACUCCUACUCCCCUAAGGCACUGCUUCAGUUCUUUUCGUUAGUUUCUUCUGACCGCCCUCUCAACCGUGUCACGCAGCACUGUGGUAAUACCUCUAUUAAAACCCUUAUCAAAGCGUAUGCACAAGCUUCUCCUCCUCGCGCUGACAAUUCGCUCCUUGAGGCCAGCGGCCCACAACUAUCUCAUUUCGCGGCCCCAGCUGCACGUCCUUGCCCUGGCACCUACACCCAGACGUUCAGUACGUUUGCGGAAGUCAGUCUUCUUACUUCACGGCAAAUCCAAGCUAAACUAAUAUUACGAUCACAGAAGUGCGGCUGAGAUGGAAGCCAAGACUAUCCCAAUUACUGGAUUCUGGCCGAGAAAAAGGCGCGCGCCAGCACCCCAAUCAGUAAAAACUACCGGGCAAAGUUCGCCGCCGCCACUAUGUUGCUCUGGGUCUGAAAUAGUUCCAAUUCUCGCGAGAUUCGGCUUGAUUACCAGCCUUCAGCUCUAGUGACUUGCGGGUUCGUUUCCUCUAGAUUCUCGUGGCCACGCCGUUCUCAGACACGAGCCUUUCCGGUGCUGUGCCCCGGAAGCGGAAGUGCGAUCUUCGGGCUGUCAGAGUUGGUCUGUUACUCUGUGGUGGUGGAGUCUACGGAAGCCGUUUUCGCUUCACUUUUACUGGCUCUAGAGCGCUUUCCCCCUGGCAGGUGGGAGGCAGGGACGAAGGUGCGAGAUGAGCACUAUGUUCGCGGACACUCUCCUCAUCGUUUUUAUCUCUGUGUGCACGGCUCUGCUCGCAGAAGGCAUAACCUGGGUCCUGGUUUACAGGACAGACAAGUACAAGAGACUGAAGGCAGAAGUGGAAAAACAGAGUAAAAAAUUGGAAAAGAAGAAGGAAACAAUAACAGAGUCAGCUGGUCGACAACAGAAAAAGAAAAUAGAGAGACAAGAAGAGAAACUGAAGAAUAACAACAGAGAUCUAUCAAUGGUUCGAAUGAAAUCCAUGUUUGCGAUUGGCUUUUGUUUUACUGCCCUAAUGGGAAUGUUCAAUUCCAUAUUUGAUGGUAGAGUGGUGGCAAAGCUUCCUUUUACCCCUCUUUCUUAUAUCCAAGGACUGUCUCAUCGAAAUCUGCUGGGAGAUGACACCACAGACUGUUCCUUCAUUUUCCUGUAUAUUCUCUGUACUAUGUCGAUUCGACAGAACAUUCAGAAGAUUCUCGGCCUUGCCCCUUCACGAGCCGCCACCAAGCAGGCAGGUGGAUUUCUUGGCCCACCACCUCCUUCUGGGAAGUUCUCCUGAACUCAAGCAGAACUCUUUAUUUUCUAUCAUUCUUUCUAGACACACGCACAUCAGACUGGCAAAUGUUUUUUAGUAGGAGCCAUAGUUAGCCUUACUACUUGGGCCUCUUUCUAGUUUUAAAUUAUUUCUAGGCCUUUUGGGUAUGAUUAGAAUGAAAAUGGCACCCAGCAAACUUGAUAGUGCUUUUGGUCCUAGAUGAUUUUUAUCAAAUAAGUUGAUAGUUAUGUUCAGGUGAUGUUUACGUAAUGAAAAGCAAAUAGCAUCCUUCUUGUUUCAUUUAUAUAAGUAUUUUCUGUGGGACUGACUCUCAAGGCCCUGUGUAUGCCCUGCAAGUUGCUCUCUAAGAGCAUUUAGAGAUUUAGAAGAAAAAUUUAGUUUGUAUAACCCUUAAUUGUAACUGGUUGUUUUGUUGUUUUAUUUCAAGCCAAAUAUAUGACAUAAGAUCAAUAAAGAGGCCAAAUUUUUAGCUAUUUUAUGUACAAGGAGAGAUCUGUUUCAUUUUGUUUUGCCAUAUUUCUAGAUGUAAGUUUUAGCAUGGGCCAGGAAGGACGAAAAUUAAAGUUUUUAAGGUACUGUA